UGCCUGUACAACUGUCUCAUCCCAUCUCCUUCUCCUCACAGCGGUGGUUGCCGUGGCACCGGGCGGAGGGACGGAGACGGGGGCUGACAGUGGACAUAUUGAGAGAGACCCGUUGUGUGAAACGGGGGGAGAGCUACUUUUCUUGCGGGCAUGAAGGACCGCCUGACUGAGCUGUCAGCGGCAAAAGGAAAUGAAGAUUAUGGAGAAACUGUGGUUGUUAUGCAGAAUGAGAAUUUUAUGGAUGAUUUUUUCCUUCAGGUAGAAGAGAUACGCAAUUGCAUUACUAAAAUAUCAGAAAAUGUAGAGGAAGUGAAAAAGAAGCAUAGCAGGAUAUUGUCUGCACCCCAUCCUGAAGAACGAACGAAAGAAGAUCUUGAGAAUCUUAACAAAGAAAUUAAGAACGUUGCCAAUAAAGUGCGAACCAAGUUAAAAUGUAUUGAACAAACAAUUGAGCAGGAUGCACAUUCCAACAGAUCCUCUGUCAAUUUACGAGUUCGGAAAACUCAGCAUACAGUAUUGACCAGAAAGUUUGGGGAGGUUAUGAUUGCAUACAAUGAAAUCCAGGUCCAGUUUCGAGACCGAAGCAAAGGACGUAUACAGCGUCAACUGGAAAUAACUGGAAAAACAACCACAGAUGAUGAACUGGAAGAGAUGUUGGAGUCUGGGAACCCUUCAAUCUUUACAUCAGAUAUCAUUUCAGAUUCCCAGAUUACAAGGCAGGCUCUGAAUGAAAUUGAAUCCCGCCACAAAGACAUCAUUAAGCUAGAGUCCAGCAUUCGUGAACUGCAUGACAUGUUUGUGGAUAUUGCAAUGUUGGUGGAAACUCAGGGGGAAAUGAUUAACAACAUUGAGAAGAAUGUUGAAAAUGCUGCCGAGUACAUUGAAAAUGCCAAAGAGGAGACAAAGAAAGCAGUGAAAUAUCAGAGUAAAUCCCGCAGGAAAAUGAUCUUCAUAAUUAUCUGUGUAGUCAUCUUGCUGUUAAUACUUAUAAUCAUCCUUGCAACCACAUUGACCUAGUGAGCACAUCUGAAGAUUGAUCAGCCAGACCACCACUUUUUAAGGCUUCAUCUUGUUCUAACCUGUUAAAACCAGGGAAUAGAAUGUUGUUUACAAAUGCAUACCAAAUGUUAAUCCUAUGUAGGUCCCUCUGAGAAGGGUACGUGAGUACUGUGUGCAACAAGAGCAUUCAAUAUAUUUAUUAGCCCUGGUUAAUGGGCUGCUUUAUAACAUUACGCAGGAAGUGAGUAUCAAUAACAGAUAAUGUGAAAAUUGUUUAGUUUGACCUAUUAUGCAAUAUUUUAUUAUUGUAAGGGCUGCAUCCUACUUGUUAAAGUCUGUUCUUUGGCAUGGCACAACAUAUUUGACAUUCUAUCUGGUCUUUAAGAUUAAAGGAUAUGUUUGGGGUUUUCUUUAUUUUGUACUGUAAUCACCAUGGAAACACACAUGCUGCUUCAUUCAGUGUUAAUCUUUGUAGCUAGCAUCAUUAAAACGUAAACUUUUUUUAUUUUUUAUCUUUUACAGUCAAAUACUUAUUUUAUUUAUUUUUUAUUUUAAUUGGUUACCCACUAGAAGUAUAAAUGACAACACUACCUUCGGGUCAGAAUUGUCCUUUAAUUUGUGCACUGUAAUAUUAAAAUUUAAGAUUUUUUACUUGGUGCUUGCAUCUUCCUCAUCAAAGAAACCACCAAGUCACAUGCCAAGCAUUGUGAGCUACCAUUUGUGAGAUUAUUGGAGUAAACUGUUGUGUUAGAACACAAUGUAUUUUAACUAAAUGGCAUCUACAAAGUUUUUUUCCAAUUUUCUUUCCUUUGGUAUACUUACAUCCUUUUGGUCAGGAGAAUUACUAAAUACCACCUAGGUGGAUUUUAUGUUUUGUUUCACCUGUCACACCUUUGUUUGUGUAUUUUGUCUUGUUUUUUAUUUAUUUUUCAUAAUAUAUACAUAUAUCAGGAUAUGUGAAACUGAAAACACUACUUCAUGCGAAAGCAGUUCUCUGCAUGGUGACUAUCCUUGAUCAAUAACAGUAAAGUCAAAUGCAUAUUAAGUGUAAUUCACAUUUGACCCUCCUCUUUUGCGAAGGGAAAAAUGCUUCAUUUUUUCAACAUUGCAUCCUAAUGGUCCUUAGAUUUCAAAUUCAUACAUUUUAUCUUUUGUGUUUGCCAAAGGUUGUAACUAUCAAAUACUAAAAUGUUUGUUUUUGUUUUUCUUUCAAGUAUGUUUAUUUUCUUUAUAGCUGAACAUUGUGUGCAAGUUUUGUAUUUUGUCAUGAGCUAAAUAACUUAUCCAGACACUCAGCUUUUCAUUGCAUUCAUUGUUACCUGAAUCCCCAGAAAUCUUCCCACCAAUGGAUAUAUUUACAAAGGGUUGGAUAUCGUAACAAUUUCAUAAACCUUAUGGUACUUUUAAUUCUGAUUUGUAAAGGAUAGAAUGUUAUGGAAAUUUUGAGCAAAUAUUAAUUCUCUUGUCUACAAGAACAUUUUUUAUUUUUUUUUACGAUUUCUUUUCUAAUCUGUCACUUUCCAAAUUGUAUAGGACCUACCUACUUCCACACUCCACUGCCUUUGAGACAUCUGGAAUUAUAAACCUGAUAUUUGUGCACAAUUUAUUCAAGCCUCUGUAAUUUGCAGUGAAUGCUAUGUAAAGAUUAUUCUGGCAUUCACAUAAUGUGAUCAGAAAGCAUGGGAUAUGAUGAUGCACUGAUAAAGCACAUCUCUCUUAAAGUUAUUAUGUGUUAAUGCUCAAUAUUUCAUAUUUGUAGUUCUUUACAUUAAUGUGGAUUUUUUUUUGUAAUGCAUGUAUUUUUUUUAAUGUUAACCUUUUUUGUUUUCAUUUUAACCCUCCUGGAUCAUCAUGAUGACACUGCCUUACCCUGGUGCCUAUGGGGUUUAAGUUCCUUAUUUUUAUAUUAAAUAUGCAUAGUUAUUCUAAACCAGAUGUAGGUUGAAUGGGACCAGUAAAACAAAGCUAUAUUGUACCUACCUGUCCUUCUAAUUUUCUAGGGUAGUUUCAAAAUUGUAUGCAGACCUGUCGAACUGCCCAAGUCCAUUGUAAAUGUAACUCUUAAGUAGCAUAUCUUUAAGUUUAUAAAUAUCUCAAAUGUUUUUAUAUGAAGGAUUUCCAAGUUGUAUUUACUAUUUUAACACUUUUGUCAAUGUCAUUACCUCUUAUGACCGUAUCUUUUUACUAAUGUUAUAGGACCAUAGUUGGUGUCUUCUAUCAAACACUGUCAAAGGAUGGCUUCUUUUAGGUGAAAGAUUGGUAUUUAACACACAGCUCUGCUCUUUUCACCAGUCUGUGCACACUUUAUCGUUAUCCACAGAUAAAGUCAGUUUUAUUUUUUUUCCACUAGACCUUGCUGUAGGCUAUCUCUGCCCACCACUAUCAUGUUCAACUACUCCCUUUUAAAAACUGUUAAAAAACAAAAAAAAGGCAAGUUUUAAGUUAGAGUUGUUAGUAUCUAUACUAGAAGUACAGUACAGUCCACUGAGGUGUUCUGUUUUCACAUGGGUGUUCCUCCAUUGAUUGCUGCAGUACUAUAUACAAGGGAUUGGCUGGGGCCAAUGAAAGAUGUCUUUAUGGCUCUAAAGUUGUUUUUGAUAGAAUUACUUAAUUUUAAUGCCACAUUUUUAGCUCUAUCCUAACAAACUGAAGCAUUCAUAGCACCGUUAUUUCUCUAUACUGCUGAUGCAGAUGCUCUUUGUGAAAGUCCCCUUUUACAGGUGCCUGUAUAGUACAAAAGUGCCUUUAGCUGUUCUUGUUUUGCCGUGUUAAGGUUUUAUUGAGCAGUAAUGAAAUAUUACUGAAUUUGCUACAGACACCUUUGUGUUUGUGUUUUAUUUUUAUUUUUUUUAUUGUGAGGUGCUUCUUUAGAUUGUAUUUGAUAUCCAAGUUAUCCAUGUGAGAACAUUAGUCAUCUCACCCAUGCCAUUUAUAAUAGUGUGGCAUUAAUGUCCUGUGUAAGAAUGAACUCAACAUUCAACAGCCCUCCAGAAAGAAAGCUAAUAUUUUCUACAAACCAAACAAAAAUAAAAACUCAUCAAUACCUUGUUUUUGCAAUUCUAUCAUUCUGAAGGACAUCACACAGUGAUGUUGAAGCUAGAGGGUUUCUGAGUUGGUUUAUAUUUCAGAUUUUAUAAACCACCAUUAAAGGAAUGUUACAAACUCCUAAAGAUGAGAGCGUUUUGCUCUUGCUCAAAGUGGAAGUGAGGGUUCCUCAUAGAGCAUCAUUGGUAUUAAUACUUCUCUAUAAAUGGUAUUUUAUGAGAAGCAUUGCAUUGGCUUGGGAGAUUAAUCCAUCUCACCACUGAAUUACUUGUAACUUAGUUUAUAUUGUAGAGCCCCAAUAGAACAUGAAGUUACCAUUAAACAAUUCUUAUGUUAACCUAGCCCCAUGCCCUUCCCCCAUCAGGUUGUCUCCUACCUUGAUCAACUACAAAAAUUGUCCUCCAUUAUUUUGGCACUUUUCCAUUUCCAUUAUUGAAUUGUAUGUUUCAACAAACAUACACACAUGCACUACUAGCCUGAGGCCCCCUGAGAGAGUAAAAAAGUAACAUUUUGCUUUGUAGUUGUGAAAAUAAUGUCUGGUUUUGUAUACUCUGUAAAACAUAUUGACUAUUUUGUCGAUUUGAAAUGUAUGAAAUUUGGCUUUUAAGAUAUGGAAAGAAUCAGUCUUUUCUGAUGUAACUUUGUUGAUUUCCUUGUAACCUUUCAAUGCCAAAAAUGUCUAGCAGUGUACAUAGUUGUGUGGUUUAAAUAGCAGGUCCUAAAUUAAGACUGCUGCCAUACAAUGUACUGUACCAGCUUAAAAACAAUUUAAUAAAACCUAACAUUCCUUCAACUAUUUUCCUAAUAUAUUAAAUAUUUUUUUAAGCAAUAUUGGUUUUUACAUUGUAUCUACUAUAUUUUAUUUGUAGCAUUUCUCAGAAUGCACAUGAUUUUUUUUUUUUAGAUUGCUUGUUUGCUAUGAACCUAAGAACAAAAGACUGCUAUAUCCUUUAUUACUUUGUAAUGUAAAUGUUAAAUAGCAGUGUUUCAUGCCAGAUAGUGGAUUGCACAGGUUCCAGUUUCUGAGUAGUUGAAGAAAUGCAAGCUCUUUUCACAUGUACUAAAGCUAUGUAUAAUAUGUUUAAUGUGCCUUUUUUAGUCCAACUUCUCUGGUUGUACAUUGUUGUACUACACUCACAUGUUUUUACAAAAUUGUAUACACCUAGUAAUGAUGUAAUGCUUCUUUUUGUGACACUAAAAGAUCUGUGAAUAGUAGAGGGAAUCCUUUUAUGUCUAUAACAUGUACUAAUAACAUUUUCCAAAUAAAAUGCACUUUAUCUGUGA